GUGCCGGAUGAUUGGGGAGCGGAUGUGCAACCGUGGCUGAAUGUUUUCGCGACUGCAUAUCCGUUCCUGGAGGAGCUUAGGUUGAAGCGAAUGGCGGUUAGUGAUGAGAGUUUGGAGUUUUUAGCACUGAAUUUUGAUGAUUUUAAAGCUUUUUCUAUGUUGAGUUGUGAGGGAUUUAGUACUCUUGGAUUGGAAGCUAUUGCUACUCAUUGCAAAAACCUGAAAGAACUAGACAUACAAGAGAAUGGGAUUGAUGAUCUUGGUGGAGACUGGUUAAGUUACUUCCCAGAAAACUUAACCUCGUUAGAAGUUCUCAAUUUCUUACCCUUGACUAGUGAAGUCAGUUUUGAUGCCCUGGAGAUGCAAAUCGUUACGAGUUUUGAAAGUUAA